UCUUCCGCCGCGCCCGGACUCCAUGUUGUUCCGACAGCCACGGAGCGAACAAGUGCCCUGGCCGAAAACUCUCACGUUGCAACUCUGUGUGUGUGUGCGCGAAGUAAAGCGUGUGUGUGUGUGUAUGUGCGUGUGUGUGUGUGUGAGUGUUGUUGACCCUCCGAAAAGAAGAUGGCAGACUACCGGGACGACACCGGAGCUCGAGCCCUGCUCGCUCUACAGUCGGCACCGUGCAGUCCCGUCCGCGUCGCGGUGACCUCGCACGCCUAUCACCCGCAGUCGCUCGCCCUCUUGGGUCCUCCGAUGAUGGAAGCCCGCGGCGACGCCGGGCUUCUCCCCGCGCGUCUCGCCUGUCCUCCCCCACAGGCCCUCGCCCGACUCGAGGGCCGGGACUUCGAGUAUGUCAUGCGCCAGAGGACGGUCACCAUAGGCCGGAACUCGUCUCACGGCUCUGUGGAUAUCAACAUGGGUCACUCGAGCUUCAUUUCACGGCGACACCUGCAGCUCACGUACGACGAGGCGGGCGGUUUCUCCCUCCGGUGCCUGGGCAAGAACGGGGUGUUCGUCGACGGGGUGUUCCAGCGGAGAGGGGCUCCGCCGCUGCCGCUGCCCCGAGAGUGUGUGUUUCGUUUUCCCAGUACGGUAAUCAAGAUCCAGUUUAUGUCACUCCUGGAGCCCGAGGAGCACAGAGAGAGGGAACAGCCCUCUAUUCCUGCUCACCCGCUUAUGCCCCACAUUUCCCCCCUCAAAAUCAGCAUUCCCACAAUGCAGCAGCAUGAAGAGCACAUCAGGGCAUUUGGCUCUCCGCUGCCUUCGCCCACAGGCACCAUCAGUGUUCCUAACUCCUGUCCGGCUAGUCCACGGGGAGCAGGGUCAUCAGGGUAUCGUUAUGGACGCAACGUGACCUCUGACCUCCAGUUAGCAGCUGAAUAUGCUGCAAAGGCCGUUUCUGAGCAGAGACGAAGCAUUGCUGAACAGAGAGGCGGGGGAAGUGAGCAGCGCGGGGAGUCGGCUGGUGGAGACAGCCCCAAGGAUGAGUCCAAGCCACCAUAUUCCUAUGCACAGUUGAUUGUCCAGGCCAUCUCGUCAGCCCCGGACAAACAGCUGACCCUCAGUGGCAUCUAUGCCCACAUCACCAAACACUACCCCUACUAUCGCACUGCAGACAAGGGCUGGCAGAACUCAAUCAGACACAACUUGUCUCUUAACCGCUACUUUCUGAAAGUGGCCCGCUCUCAGGAUGAGCCCGGGAAAGGGAGUUUUUGGCGUGUGGAUUCUGCUUCUGAGAGCAAGUUGGUGGAGCAAGCCUUCAGGAAAAGACGGCAAAGAGGGGUGGCUUGCUUUAGGACCCCAUUUGGACCUCUCUCUUCUAGGAGUGCCCCUGCAUCCCCAACCCACCAGGGACUUCUUUCUCCUCCAUCCAGCGGGCUGCAGACUCCUGAAUGUCUGAGCAGGGAGGGCUCUCCUAUCUCCCAUGACCACCACGAACAGCUGGCUAACAAACUGGCAUCUGUACCGGAGUAUAGGUACUCUCAAAGUGCCCCAGGCUCUCCAGUCAGUUCCCAGCAUGUCAUCAUGGCUGCACCCCCCCACCCAACAAUCCUGUCCUCAGGCCCGGGGAAAGCCCUUGCUUUAGUUCCAGGUGGUGGCGGCCAAGUCCAGCCCAUCCAUGUGCUCCAGAACGCCCCUCAGUCCUCUGUCACCAUGGUGCGGGUGGUCACCAGCGGACCUCUAACUUCCAACCCUCCGAAUGGGUAUAGCGCCCCCUCUGUUGGAGGAGCAAAAGGAAACAGUGAGCUCAGAGAAGCCCAGCUGAACAGAGAGCGAGUUAUCCAGACUGUGGACAGUGCGGUGCAGGGCGGAGAUGGGAGAAACCUCGCUCCAGGUUUACAUCAGCUUCCGGUUCGUCCUGUUACCCAGAAUGGCAAACACACCACUGCUGCUGUUGCCACAGCAACCAGCCUUGCUAAUGCAUCUGGUCUGAGUAGUCCUCUCCAGAUCUUGGCUGCCCAGGCCUCCAGCUCCCCUCCAGUGCUGGUGAGCAGACAGCCCAGUGCAGAAACUUUUGCUGAGCAGCAAGGUGAGCCCCAGGUCAAGCGGCCGAAGAUGGAGGACGAAGGUGGGACCGAAUCUGCUCAGCAUCAAGUCACACCUUCCCAGCAGCCUGUCAUCGUUGCCAUGACAUCACAAACCCACGACCCUAGGAAGUAAAACCCAGGGCUUCUUACCAGGUACCCAAUGGACAGCCUCCCUAUUGUCCCCUAACUGCUUCGCCUUUUAUACUCAUUUGAUAUGACUGCAGCCGACAUGGCCAAAAAAUGUACAGGCAGCCUCUCUCAACAGAAGGGAAUUAAAUUGUAAGGAACAUAUAUUUUGGUCAAAAUGGAUGAAAACUUUCAAAUACAUUCUGAAUGUAAAAAAGCAAGUAAAUCUUUCAGGACUUUUUUCAGCUUUACACUCUUUUUAAUGUAAUCCACCAUUCACUGACGAGACAAACAAGCAAGGACGUUAAGCUUAUGAGAGCAUUAUGCAUAUUGAAAUCAUUUCAGCACUACUUUUACUAUGUGAAUGUUGGAUAAUAUCUCAGAUACAACCUUUUCUCCAGUUGAUGGAUCAGAUGCAUCAGUCACUCUCAGGCCAAAGAACUCACCUCUCCUGCACUUCUGAUUAGAGUCACUGCUUGAUUUUAAAACCAGGGAAUGUGUGUUCGAAGAUUUGAAAUGGCCGGCAUUUUCAGAAGAAACUGUGAUUAUCAGAGUUGAUAUAUAUUGUGUAGUUUCACACAUUUGUGGACAGAAAGAGAGGACUUAUCUGCAUGUACCCAGAUCAGGUUAAUGGGGCACAGGAGACUGUUAAGAAUAUGAUUGUCCUUUUAUAAGGCAAUCCUUACAAUAAAAAACAGAUAUCUCUUCAAAAAAGAAAGACAGAAGACAUAAUAUUAAGGCCUAGACCAGAAUGUGAGGCAUCUCUUUUCCCUGCCUUCUCUGCAAAGCACAAAAAGAAAACGGAAUCUUUUUAGAAGAUAAAAUAGGAGGAAAUAAACCAUUACUUUGCGGUUUUUUGCUUCACGUAAGCUCAGUUUGGUUUAUCAGUGUGAAGCUCCUCAGAUUUAAGAUGAAUUGGGUGAGUUGGAGCAGAGAAGAGCAAAAAAGAGGCAACUAUUUGGAGUUGAUUGAAGUGGAGCUAACCUAAUGUAGACAAACUGAUUGUUGUUUUAAUUAUUUUUUUCUUGUUUCAGUAGUGGUAUAAGGAGAAAUGGAACAGCCUGUGCGUACAGUUUUGUUUGUCUUAGCACAGAAAAGCAUUAUUGUAAUAAUCCUUAAAGCCUUAAAUAUUUCUACAUUUUUUUUUUGUCAUUUUAUUUUAACCUUUAGACAGCUUUAUCUUUUUAGAUCGUUAACACAGCGCUUCUUUAACAGUACAUGAUCGGCAACACUACAAUGAUGACAGUUAUGUUGCAUCAGUAGACUUGUAUCAGUUUUAUCAGGGGAAGGGCGGGACCAACACAUGACCACAAAUUUCAACUGCUCUCUCGUCGUUUUUCUUUCUUUCUGUAUGGUACUUUUGACAUCUUUUCUACUCUUCGCUCCCUACUCUAGCUUUCAGUUUCCCCUAAAUGCACCCUCAUUUUUUUUUUUUUAAUCCUUUUUUCUUUCUCCCAAUCUACCUCUCUCCCUCUCCUCAGUGAGCAGUCUCAAUCUGUGCUGUCUCUACAGAGGCAUCAAGCUGUUGGCAAUUCCUGUCACAGACACUGCCUUAAUUAGAUAUUCUUCAGCACUUUCUACCCCCCCAUUCUCUCAUUCUCACUCUGCCUUUAGCUUUUCCGAAUGUCCUCGCACAGGCCUCAUUUUUAGCUGGCAAUCAGGCACAAUUUGCGCAAGAUUUCAGUGAUUGUUGUUGCACAUUAGAAAAAACAAAAAACAAAAAAAAGAUGCGUAAUGAUUGUAUGCUGCUCUAUCUGCUAAAUGACAAAGCUAUUUAGAAGGUAUUUUCUUAUUUUGGAAAAAAGAAAAAAUAUUUUGCUAUAUGUAAAAACAGCUGUCAUCAAUACGUAAACAUUCUGGAAAAUAGAGAAGUAUAUGUAUUUUUAAAUGUUCCUGUUUUUGUGAUUUGUUAAAAUGUGUAGCACAAAUUAAAAUUCCUCAUUGACUUAA